GCUUUACGAGAGUCCAACUACAACAAGUUGAAGGCGAUGAGACUGUGGAAGUGUGAUAUGGGAGAUGAGGGUGUACGGAGUGUUUGCAAAUACCUCGAGAUGCCUGUUAACCCUAAGUUCGGUGGUUGUAUAGUAGAGGAUGUUCAAAUCACUGAUGGUGGAGUGACGAGUCUCGGGUGUGCUAUACUAGGGCGGACCCUCAGCUUGAAUGGAUAUAAGCUCAUAACCCUACUCAAACUAGACUACAACAAGUUUGGCAGUGCUGGUGUCGAGGCGUUGGCAGAGGGUCUAUGCCAGAACGGAUCAAUACGUGGCCUCAGCUUACAGUACUGUGAUAUAGGCCCGGAAGGAGCUCAGCACUUAUCCCUUAUUCUCAUCUUUGUCAACUGUAUUAUAGAAGAUCUCAAUCUUCGUGGUAACAACCUACAGAGUUUGGGGUUCCUAGAGCUCAUGUCGCGUGGAUUCCGGGGGGCUAGGAAGUUGAAGGCGAUCAAUGUUGCUGAUAACAAGAUCCACGAGGAGGAGAGGCUACUGCUUGAACUUACUAGAGUCUUCCGUGAGAAUCUAACGAUAGAACGAUACAAUUUAAGCUCUAAUUUCUUCACUGAUGUUGGGGCUAAGCGAGUGGUACAGGGAUUGGUAGGGUCGACUCACAUUAAGGAGGUCCUUGUCACGGAACGGUGCUCUCCUACUACAUUGGAGGCAUUGGAACAGGCCAUGGGAGCGAGCAAAGGGAAAAAGGGCGGCAAGGGUAAAAAAAAGAAAAAGAAAUGA